AUCUGGUCCAUGGCGGGAAAGGCACGGGAGGACAGAGGUGGUGUCAGAAGAAGGGAACGCUGAUAGGCCCGCUCAGACUGACAGUGGAGAAGAGGAUGAGGCCUAUAUGGCCUCGGAGGAAGGAGAAUCAGAGGAGGUCUCGCUAGAGGAUGAGCCGGGGGUGGGCAACCACCAGGGGAACGCGAGAUCUGGGGGAGCACGGAGGGGAGGAAACGGGAGGACUGGGGGCAGGCAGCAGAAUGAGGUACCGCAGCCUGAAGUCCCGAUUGACCAUCCUGCGGGUGCGGAGGUGAGGGAGAAUCGUCCCCCUGAAACGAUUGAUGGCGAUGAAGCCAUCUGGCAACAGGUGGAGGAGUGGGACGUGGACUGCCUUCGGAGCAGCGACCAUCCUUUCGUGGCGAGGAGAUUGACACCUGGGGUGUUUCAGGAGGAGCAGAGUGUAUCAUCCACUCGACACGGGCGCUACUCAAGGAAGACCCAACGCGAGUAG